CUAAGGUUGGCUCCUGGAGCCUCCUUGUGCGCCGCGGCCCAAAAAGGAGAAGAAACGCGCAGCGCGCGCAUAGAAGAAGGCCUCGACGCACCCGACGCAGCCCGGACGAUGCAGCAGGAAGCAGCCCCCACGGACGACGACGCCAGCCAUUCGAGUGGCGGUGAUGUUGAGAUGAUGAAGGACGCGGCGCGCGACGACGACGACGACGCCGAGGAGGAGGAGGAGUACGAGGAGGAGGAGGAGGAGAUGGACGACUUCGGGUCGGCCGCACACGAGCAGCUGCUCAAGCGCGACGAAUUCGUCGGCCCCGAUCGCCGCACCCCCGGCGUCUACGAGCCCCACGAGUUCUGUCCCUCCGUCGUGCACAUGCCCUACCAGCGGCGCUGGGUGGUGAUAAGACACCUCAAGGAUUCUAGUGGUCGGCAGCGCCGCGUCGUCGUCUUCACGAGCAAGUACAAGCUCUCCAACGAAGAGAGCGAGAGGGGGGCGGAAUACCGCGCGCUGCUCGCGUCUCGACCAGCGUCUACUUCUCUCGGAAACGCCACCGACGCGCCUCCUCGCACGCAGGUCGGGCUUAUCCGUCGAGCUCAAGCGGAUUCGAGAGGCGGUGCAGGAGUUUGCCAUGCGCGUCGACGAGGGCUACCGCCCGACGCAAGAGCAGUUCAUCAAGCAGCUCCGCAUCAUGAUGGGGGACGCGAAGCAGGUCGGCAAGGAAGAGAUGCGCGAAAAAGUCGAAGAGGCCCUCAAGAAGGGUAGAAAAGUGAAGAGAAAGGGCCAGGUCUUCGUCGAAUACCUCAACGAAGCGAAGGACACCAAGGGGAAGCCUGUUUCUUACGGGGAAUUGGCGGAGAUCAUCAUGACUCCAGUCGUCGCGGCGCUCUAUCUGGGCAGCGAUUUAUAUAAGGAGGAGGUGGCGAAAGCACGAAUCGGCGUCCCGAGUAUGGUAGUUCAGCUGGUGGUCAACUAAAUGAUCGUGGCGUCCGUCCACACGCCUCGAAACUCGCCCGUCAGACCCCACGUCGACUCGACGCGCGCGUCGUGGCCUCGUGAAGUCAUGGUCCGCUGUCCCUCGCAGAUCCGCGCGGGCUUCUUCAGGCAGGAACGCCUGAGCCAUAGAACGGUUUACGGCAAUUAUUUGGAUUAUGUGCGCGCAUGGGGCAAGAAGAAGGGCCUCUAUAGUAAAAUGUUGAAGAAGGCGUAUGGCAAGCGGCUCGAUGACGAGACGCUCGAGAAGCUCGAGGGCUGGAUGCAGACGGACCACCUGCUCGCGCCCAUUUGCGACGACCCGCAAAAUUUCUUCUUGAUGUUCAGGACGCUGAACAACAAGUUUUCGUUCGAAAACUUGUUGGAGUUCAAGAAGGAGUUCACCGGCGCCGGCUGGGAGGGCGCCGUCGAGCUGGCGAAUUCGGCGGUCCGUCUCCAGCUGGCCGCUCUUUAGAGCGCUAUAUAGUGUAUAAGAAAUUG